CGCACGGGUUUGAUUCUUGCAUGUAAUGACACUUUAACAGUUUCAGUUGCGUCAUAAUGACUGGCAGUUGGAGAUAGUAAAAACUACAUUAUUAUGUAAAUUAUUAUUAUAAUGUAUGCAAAAUAAUAACUUUUGUGAAUGCCUUAUAACACACAUACAGCUCCUAUUUCUUGAAGUUUAUCUCUCCAUUUCAACAGUGUUGCUUAGCAGUUACUAGAAGUAUACUACGUAGUAUCGAAAGUGGAAAAUCUUAUGCUUCUUGCUUCGUGGAAACAUAUAUAACGAUACAUUGGACUCUCCAGAAAUUUCAUACAGACUUUUUUGGAGGAAUGUGAAGACGGAAAUUCUGUUUAUGAGAACCACAAAAUAAGGUGGGCAACGCAAGAAAUUUAAGUGAGAUGGUCUACAUUUUUGCUUAAAAUUUGCUCAAUACAGUUAUAAUUUGUUGAGCGUAUACAGACGAAUUAUUUCGUACCGGUUAUAUUGUCAUCUAACAGUUAAUCAACAUAAUGCUGGUCAUGAAUAUAGCUUUAAUCUUAAUAUGUGUUGGUAUAAUCUACUUAAUCCCGAAUUAUCGUAAGCGGUUACGAUUCAUUCAAGUGGCAAAUGCAUUGCCAGGUCCAAAAACGAAACCAAUUAUUGGGAAUGCCCACUACUUUCUCCAGAAAAAUGUUGACGAAUUAUUGAACAGUAUAUGUUUGCUUGUGAAUACUUACUCGUCUCCAUUCCGAUUUUGGUUGGGCAGUAUAUUACUUAUUUCUGUAAAUGAACCAGACCAAAUAAAAACUAUUCUUCAAAACUCUAGCUGCUUGAAUAAAAGCUUCAUAUACAAAGUUUUCAAAGCGGUGGUAGGAAAUGGACUUGCUACUGCUCCUGAACAUAUAUGGGUCAAACAUCGAAAAAUGUUAGCGCCAAACUUUAAUACGAACAUAAUACAAACAUUCUGCGACACAUUUAUGAAACGAUCUUUGAUAUUUACGGAGGAAUUAGAACACAUGGUAAACGGCGAAGUAGAUCUCUCUCCGUAUAUAUUAAAGUGUACUUUGGACAGCAUUUGCGGCACUUCAUUGGAUACCGAGUUGGGAUCGCAAUUAAAGAAAACUGAACAAUAUCUUAAUGCACUAAUAAGGGUGAAAGAGAUAGUCACACACAGAUUACGAAAUAUAUUUUUAUUUCCGGAUUUUAUAUUCAGUUUUACAUCUCUAAGUCGCGAACAGCAGAACCAUUUAAAGUUUGCAUGUUCGUUUGCAGAAGAGAUAAUACAACAAAAGGAAAACGAGAUGGAUAAUUUAGUUAGGAAUAAAAUCCAAUCCGCUAAGCCUUCAAGAAGGAGAUUUGUUGAUAUGCUAAUGGAAGCAUCUGAUGAAGGCAAGAAAUUCACUCGAAAAGAGAUCAUCGAUGAAAUCAAUACGAUAAUUGUUGCCGGUACCGACACAAUCGCAAUCACAUUGAAUUUUAUGAUGUUCAUGUUAGCAAAUUUCCCAGAUAUACAACAAAAAGUAUACGAGGAGUUGCUGGAAAUUUAUGGUACGCAAGAUCCAAAAUUCGUGCCCGUCGAUUUCAAGGAUUUGCAACAUAUGAAUUAUUUGGAAUGUGUUAUUAAGGAAACAUUGAGACUCUUCCCCCCAGUGCCUGUCAUAGGACGUCGACUUAAUGAAGAUUUACAAAUAGGAGAAUAUACUUUACCGAAAGGCGCCGAUGUUUUAAUAACAAUAUUAACCUUGCAUCGCAAUGAAAAGUAUUGGCCGAAAGCAUUGACAUUCGAUCCAGACAGAUUUCUUCCGGAGAACAUGACAAAUAUUCAUCCAUAUAGUUAUAUACCGUUUAGUAAUGGUCUAAGGAACUGUAUUGGUACAAAGUAUGCAAUGACUUUUAUGAAAGUCUUUAUAGCAACGCUAUUGCGAACAUACUUAUUAAAAGUCGAUAAAAAGGUUCAAAUAGAAGAAAUAGAAUUGAAAUUGAAUAGUUCGCUAGUGUCCGUCAUCCCUUUAAAAGUCAGAAUUGAAAAGAGAAAGUGACAACAUAACAAUAUAAUUUUCUAUCUCUCUUCUAUUAGGAGAGUAUCCAGUUGUUGGAAUAUGACAGAAAUCCUCAUAUAUUUGUAGUAUUUAUUAUUUACCUAAUAUUACAUAAUGUUAUAUAAUAUUACAUAAUAUUACAUAAUAUUAACAUAAUAUUACAUAAUAAUAUUGUUUACUUUUUCUGCAAAAGACCAUGCAAACUUUAAAUGCUUUUGCUGUUCACGACUUAGAGAUGUAAAAUUGAAUAUAAAAUCCGAAAAUAAAAAAUAUAUUUUGUAAUCUGUGUGUGACUAUCUGAAUAUAAAUAGGCUUUCAGCCUACAAAUAAACAUUGCAUUAAAUUAAAUCUAUCGUUGAAUAUAGCGUACAAUAAUUACAAGAAUUUAUAUUCUGAAGAGAAUCAUUAGUGCAUUAAAAUAUUGUUCAGUUCUCUUUAAUUGCGAUCCCAACUCGGUAUCCAAUGAAAUGUCUUUAAAGUUUUGUAUGAAAAAAUCAGAUUUGUCAUUUUUAAUAUAAUACAUAACUAAAAUAUGUUUAAACA